AUGCAGGCUCUACAGGUUUUGUCUCUGACUCUGCUGUCCGUUCUGGCAGCGAACGCCCAGACCUUCCGCCCUGGAAAAUGCCCCCAACCCCCCGUCCAGGCAAACUUUGACACCGCCAGGUAUCUGGGCAAGUGGUAUGAGAUCCAGAAGUUCCCUGCCAUCUUCCAGAAGGGCGAGUGCAGCACUGCCACCUACUCCUUGAAGAGCCCCGGAGUAGUUGGUGUGCUCAACAGGGAGCUGCUGAAUGACAACACUGUCAAUGCUAUUACUGGCUAUGCUAAGGUCAAGGACCCCUCUGAGCCCGCCAAGCUGGAAGUCACCUUCUUCGAGGACUCUUCCCCUGGCCCCUACUGGGUGUUAUCCACUGACUACGAGGGCCACUCUGUGGUCUACAGCUGCACUGAAUACCUGGGUGCCUUCCACGUGGACUUUGCCUGGAUCCUGAGCAGAGAGCCAACCCUCUCUAAGGAGAAACUUGGGGAGCUCUACAACGUGUUCACCUCCAACGGCAUCAACAUCGACGUGAUGACCAUCACCGACCAGAGCCAAGAGCUGUGCGUUGACAUGCUUCUGUGGGCCUAA